AUGGCCCCAGAUUCUCUUUAUAUCCCUUGCAAUCAGCUUGAAAGCACUAUCCGAGCACAAACAAUAAAUUCUGGGGCUCACUUAGCCAACAAACCAUUAGGCAAAAGCUCAUUUUCUAUUCUGAGGAAAGGAGAAACUCCUCCAGAUGGUUUUAUGGCGCCCUCAGCUUGGAAGAUACUAGCAGAUUACUACAAAUCUAUAGCAAAAAAAUAG